CCUGAGGCAGACGACCUGUGGGGAGGGGAGGCAGGCUGGUGGUCGAGAAAUGAGGGACUAGACUCGAGUGCUGCGGGGAGUCUGCCCUCCGAGAAAAGGCAAAGGACGGAAUCAAGUUACCUCGUAGAGGAAGAUACGCUGAUACCUGGCGUUGUAAGGACUAGCCCUCCUCACCUGAACCUAUGUCCACGUCUAUCUGUUCGUUAUCAGGUGGAAGAAUUAUGUGCUUUUACCUGUAAAUAUUGUCCCCCGUGGCCAGAAACCCCCAUGAGCCAUCCCCGUAGCGGCGAGAGAAGUGUUGAACAGUGUUCCCGCGGCGUGUGGCAACACUACCUGCAGGCCAGAGGUGCCUGCUUGUGGCUGCUGCUCCUCCCUCUGUGAAGUUAACCAGUAUGAUGGAAAAAGGGAAAGAUGGUGGACGACUUGUCUACUGAGGCCCUGAUACAGAGGUUCCAGGAGGAGUGCCGCAGCUGCACCUAUCCAACAGAUGCUGCGGGCAUCAAGAAGCGCUACAAAGAUACUGCUCUCAUCCUCUUCAAGGAGGACUUGGACGAUGGCAUCCUCAGGAACUAUCUCACAUUUGGGACUCGUCGUUCAUCAUCUGUCAGCCAGUAUGGCAACACCCCCGUUGUCAUCCGCAGGUCCCGCAGCUCCAAUGGGGAGUUGACAACAGUAGUGGAGCAGGUGUCUGCCCUCCAGGGCCGCUCCACCAGAAGCAAUUACACUCUGUUAGAAGCUGGAGAGAAAGACACAGAUUCAGAUUUUGAAAAUGACUUUCAGGAAAGCAGAUUCAACAGUGAUGAGAGCUUUGCUAUUAAGGAAAAUGAUGAGGACUCUAAACAUAAAGCAGACUCAACUGAAAGUAUACAGAAGCAUCAAGCAGUCCAUGAAACCAGCAAAGUCAACACCCAGACUACUGUAUGUCUGCAGGAGAGCACCUCAACCAUUAAUGACCAGCAAAACCAAGACCAUGAUGGUAAGAAGAGCUUUAGCCAUAAUGAUCCUUCAGCACAUCCCUGCAGGGAGAGUGUUGAAGGGGAUGCAGUUCAGCUGCCUGAAGAAUACAGGAAGCAUGACAAGAAAAGGAUAUCCAGAAACAGUGAAGAAAUAGAGACCAAAGUGUCGGAGUUGUCAGCUAUUGAUGAAAACAGGCAGCUAACUGCAGAGGCCCAUAAAGACCACAUAUCAUCCCCAAACUCAGGACGCAACCUCAAUCAGCAAGUACCAGAUGACUCUUCCUUACAAGCCACAUCAGAGGAGAAAGAUGCAAGCCAAACAUUCCUACAGAAUACUUAUGAACCAACAUCUAUCACUAGCAAUGAUAAAGUCCAGAACAGAAGGUCCACUCCUGAAAUAGACCAUGCAGCAAUAUUAAGGGAAUUUGUGCAGCAACCUUCUCGACGAAGCAAAUCUCUGCCUCAGAGCAAGAAUGAAGCUAACCUCAGCACUCCUGAGACAUCCAUAAAGGAGGAACUAAGGGAAAACCUAAAACUUGUGGAAUUAAAAAUUGUUGAGUCUUCUGACAACAUCUUUGAACAAUCAGAUAGAGAGACUGAUGCUCAAGACACAGAGAAGACUCUUACCACAUCCGACAUCCCUCACCUCAGUGAUGAAAGUGAUGUUGUCUUCAUUGAUGCAGGAUCACCCUCACUCUCUAGGGCUAAGUUUUCCUGUGACUCUUGCUCAGGAUCCACUGAGGAGGUGCUACAGAGCCAUGGAAAAGAAAAAAGUUGUUUAGACAAAACUACAGAUAAACCAGCUGCCCCUCCCCAAACCCCAGAGCCCAGUACAUUUAUUUUAGACAAGGGUAUAAACACACCAGAUAAAUCCACUGGCACUUCCCAGGCCCCAGAACCUGAUACAGUAUCUAAGAAUUCAGAAACCAAGAAGGGAGAGAUAACAACACGAAGAAGACACGACAGUCACAACAGCUUCAGAGACCUUCCCAUCAGGAGCCCCACACCCCCAAGGAGGAAGCCCCAGAAGUCUCCCCGAACACCUAAACUAAGGGAGAAGACUAGGAACCGGAACUCCUCACUGGCCCUCACAUCUGAUGAGGAGGCUCAGGAGCUCCUUGCUAAUGGCACACGGUCAGCUUCACCAACUUCCAAGACUGGGGACCUUAGAUUUUUCUCAUUCUCCCUGAAAAAAGAAAAGAGCAAGAGUGCAACAAAUCUUGGAUCCAAAAGAAAUCGGGAAAGAGUAAGACUGACCUCAAUGAAGCUUUCCUUAGAGGACCCUGGAGUAGUAAAUCCAAAACUAGGAUCUAGCAAGAUAGAGGAUAGCCAUUUUGAUAACUCAGGGAAAAGAGUUGGUGUCCGCAGCAUGAUGAUAGAUGGGACCAUCAAACGAAACUUCAUUGUAAUCCAUCCCUCUGAUGACUCUGAUACCAUUGGCCUGGCUCCCAUGACACCUCAGGCAGCUGAGAAAGAGGCCACGCCUGCCACCACCCCAGAGGCACUCUCCACGGUCAAGACUCGCAUCACAACCCCCAACACAGAGAAGCUCGAGGUGAUGAAACGAAUAUCUUCCCAGACAAAGUUGAAGGAAGAGCUUUCAGAUAUUCCUGAAAAUCUGAAAGAUGAAUCAAGGGGAAGUUUUCGAGGAUCCCUUAGUGUUUCUCAAAUUUCUAGAAGUUUAAGAAUAAAACAAAACAAAAAGAACUUGGAACAUCUUCCAUUGAAAACUUCACAUAGUUUGUCCAGUGAGCCAGUGUGCCCUAGUCCCUCCAGUUCCCAGAUACUGUACAAGUCUCCCUCAUUGCUGUCAAGGGUGGACUGUGACUCACCUGUUUCAGCACAAAAGGUUCACCAUGCUGGAGACUCCAGGACCGUGUCAAAAUUCUGUGUCGUUAUGUGAUUGUCAGAAUGGUUUAUUUUAGAGUUGCUGGUGUCAUGUACUCAUCAGUAGUAGUUAGACAGGAAGCGUCUUUGACUGGCAGUUACACUACCAUGGAAGGGAAGAAGCAUGAAUAGGUGCCACAUUUCACUGUAUUCAUUUUUUAUUUUCUUAUUUUCUUUGUUAUUUUUUAUACAGAACCAAGCUUAUGCUGCUGUUUCCAGAUGUGAUUUGGCUGUGAGUACAUGUGUAUUCUAUUAAUACAUUGAAGAAUAAGAAGCCCAGUGGCAUGGAAAUGAAGGUGGACAUAUAUGGAGCACAUCACCUUUGGGCCAUGCUCAUUGAAACAAGAAAAUUGUCUCAUUAAAACUGUACUGUUGAUUGAUUGAUUUUAUUGUAGAUUUAAUGUAUGAGUAUGCCAAGGUUGAAGGUUUACAGUGAUUCUUUAUGCAGAGCUGAAAGACAUAAGAGCUCUAUAUAAUGACAUGAGCACAGUAUUUUUUCUUAUGGUAGUCUUACAGUAGGCACCUUGGAGACUGAAGUGAGGUGGAAGAAAGUGGUGUCAGAGCCAGACAUGCAGUGCACAACACACUGCAUCCUUUACUCGGUUGUGAAUGUGAGACAAGAUGUUGAACUUAUGUUCAAGUGGCUUUCUAAAUGCUUUUUAUACAGAAAAGCAAAAUAUAAAAGUUUAGAGCUCUGUAUAUUUGUGCUGAACUAACAAGUAUCACAGCAGCACAAUUUGUGUAUGUCACCUUCCUCUUCCUUGAGGCUUUUACAAGUGCCUCUGUCUACACCAGUAAUCCUCACACAUCUCAGUCUACUGUUCUUCCACAUGAGCUGUUUUUGUUCUUAGAUUAAGUUUGGUCUUUAUGUUAAGGUUAACUGAUUUUAUACCAUGUCAUAACAUAUCCUUUCUCUAGUCUCCUGUAGCUUAACUCAAUAUACCAUAAUUGGUGUUCAUUUAGAAUGACUUGUAGACAACUUUACCUGUACUCGUGCUGUUUUCAGUGACCAACUUCAGUGUACCUCUCUCUCUCCCUCUCUCCAGUGGUCCAAGUUCUUUGUAGUAUUAACACUAAGUCUCUGUGGCCACAAAUAGGACGGUGCAGAAGUAUACAUGUUGAACUGAAUGACAAAUAUGUAGUUAAACCUAUAAAGCAAAAGUAUUUCUUUCAUGUAACUUUUGAAGCUUUCUCUGGAGUAUUUGUUACAUUUUACAAACUUAUUUCAUAAGUUUUGAAUAUUGUCUCAAUAUACAUUUUCAAAACAAUAAGUGAGAAUAAGGGCAGCCUCCAUUUUGUGAUAAAUUCUGUAGUGAAUCCUGUGUGCAGCACACUGGAAAUAUGGAAAUAUUUUUGUACAUGUGUUGCUUCUGUAUUAUAAAUGAAGCAAGUCAACCCAUCCCAGUCACAUUGUAGUGCCACUUCCAUGUGCUACUUCCCUGUGGUGCUCAUCCUGCUGUGCUCCCUGACAGAACAUGUCACACAGUAACUUUGUACACAAACCACUCAAGCCCCAACACACUCGGCACAGGAAGCCUGUGUUAGUGUUGGUGCCUGGGUAUUGGUCUUUGCCUUGCCCAAAGCACAGCACACUUUGGGGUCUGUUCACUGUCAUGUUCAGCUUGGUGUUCUAAAAGAGUAUGAGAGUGUGGAUAUUUUUGUAUGAUGUAUGACAUAUGGUUUUUAGUUUUAUAUGCAUAUCUACAAUAACAUAGAUACAUACGGAGUUCUAAUGAAUAAUUUAGGUACUGGUGUGUGUGUGUGUGUGUGUGUGUGUGUGUGUGUGUGUGUGUGUGUGUGUGUGUGUGUGUGUGUGUGUGUGUGUGUGUGUUGCCACACAUACAUGUGUGUGGGCAUGUGGACUGUCUGACAAAAAAGGUGACCAAGCACCGAAUGUUUUGAAUUCCUCCAGUGUGAGACAGAGCUCAGUGUGCAUCACUUCCUGGAUAUAUUGUGCCACACUUAUCAAACUUUUAUAUACAUUGUGCAUACAGUUUAUCAUAUUUUAUAUAAUAGUACCAUAUAUACAGUAAUUCUUAAGCAAGAAUGUGUGCAGUAUGCAUGUCCCAUAUCCAUGUUAAAUCAGUGGCUAGCAAGGUACUCCUGACAACAGUGGUGGUGAUUUUGAUAUUUACUUUGAUUUGUCACAAGCAGACAUGUAGGCUUCCACACAUAUCUCUUCUCAUAUUAUCCAGACUGCCCUUAUUUGACUGAUGUCUAUCUGCUGUCUGUUUUGUUCUUCAAUGUAGAUGUGCUAUAGCUAUUCUUUUCAUUUUACACAAAUGUAAUGUUGAUUAUAGUAUUAAGUGUAGAUACAAAUCAUCCCUCCAUGCUGUAGCCCUGCACUGCUUGGACUGACUUGCAGUCUCGUAUAUCAGAUUUUAGGACAAUGUAAAAUGCUGCUGUAAUAUAUUGAAAACUUGUAGUUUUGGGGUUAACCACCCAGUAAACCAUAGAACUUUUGAUGAUUUGAUUAGAAGGAAAAAAGUUUCCAUGAUUAGAUCAUGUGCAGAAAGCAAUGAAGUGACUGUGCAAAAUGUUUUAGUAGUUGUAGUUAAAAGAAGUGCCAACAGAGAGAUCAAAAUAAGGUAACAUGUUUUGAAUUGCAGGUGAGGAAUCCAUAAACUGAAAAAUGCUUAAAAAUUGUUAUCCACAGGUUUGCUUUUAGGUGAGCUGCCACAAUAUGUGUCUAAGAUUAAUCCUUGUGAAUAGGAAACCUUUUAGAAAUGACAGAACAAUAACAAUGAUGCAUCCAAGGACUUUGUGUUGAUUCUAAUGGGAAGGGCUGGUGUGCAUGCCCAUGUGACAUGUUUAUCAGACACCCUGUGGCAUCCUGAUAUCCAUUAAUCGUGAUAAUCUUCAUCAGAAUUUAAAUAAGUAAUCCACAUAAAUACAUCAUAUCAUUGUAACUCAAAAUAUUGAUAUAUAAAAGUGAUGAUAGAUAUACAUUUCUUAUUUUGUGUACAGCUACAAACUGGAUUUUUUAAAAACUCCACUAGUCAGCAGGAACCAUCCCUAACAUUAUAAUUAUAUUUUGAGUACAAUUUGCAAACUUUACAAUAAAUGGUCAGUAAAGCAAGGGUUGAUAGUAUUUUGGCAAAGUUUUAGAUGAGCUAUGUUAAUUGUUUAGUGACGAAAGUUUACAGUACUGGUUCAUACAAUAUAUUCACUGAAAAGUCCUUUAUGUACGUACUAAGCAUAGAUUUCUUCCAAAUAAGCAAAACCUUUUAUAUCUGUAUAGUAAAAUUCUUAAUGUCUCCACUUCACUCUUAUAAUAAUCAUCAACUUACUCUUCUGGUUGUUUGUUAGAUAUUGGAAAAAAAAAAAAAAAAGUUUACUACACAAUAUGGUAUCUAAUUGAUUUGCCUGUGAUCCUCAGGUGAUAUGUUAUGUCGAGGUCACAGCGAGCACUGAACUGUUGGGUGCAGGUUGCCAGCCCUGGUGCUGCCCAAUUUUGAUAUAUUAUUUUCAUUGUUUUAUUAUUUUCAUUGUUUUUACCUAUUGCUAAGUUCAAACACCCUGUGAAGGUAUUCAAAAUAAAUUCCAGUGUUAUA